CGGGCCGUCCGAUGGUCCGGCAGCAAAAUAAACAUAACGGAGAGCGCUGCAGCCGAUCACGAGCCACGCACCGGCGGGCCGCCGCCGCCUCCAGUCGGCGAGGAAGCAACGCAUCCGAUUGGCUGCGAGCUGUUGUCAAUUACAGCGCUGCUCCCGUUAGCCUCAUCGCCAGAGUGCUGCAGCGACGCCGUCCUCUGUUACGCUCAGCCAGCGGUGCGGAGGGAGCUGCCUGUGCGUUACCUCAGAAAUAGCACCGAAAAUAGAAGCAGCCCCCCCUGGCGCGGUCUUUAUGAUGGGAAACGUAAUUCCAGCGCAGUAGACGCCUUUGAUCCAGGGCCACCGUUUCAGCCGGAUGCCAAGCAAUGUGGAGCGAGUAAAGAGGCCGAAUACAGGGAACACAGAGGACGUAGAUAAUGGGCUGUGUGCAAUGCAAGGAUAAGGAGGCGGCCAAGCUGACAGACGAGCGGGACGCCAGCAUCUCCCAGAACACCGGCUACCGAUAUGGGGUGGACCCUGCCCCCCAGCCCUACCCUCCCUUCGGGGUCACUGCCAUCCCCAACUACAACAACUUCAAUGUGCUGGACAGCCAGAGGAUGACCGUCUUCGGGGGCCUGAACUCGUCGGCACACACAGGGACCCUGCGCUCUCGCGGCGGGACCGGCGUGACGCUCUUUGUUGCACUGUACGACUACGAGGCCAGGACCGAGGAUGAUCUCACGUUCCGGAAGGGGGAGAAGUUCCAGAUUCUCAACAGCACUGAAGGUGACUGGUGGGAGGCCCGAUCUCUUGCCACCGGCGGAACCGGAUACAUCCCCAGUAACUAUGUGGCUCCAGUGGACUCCAUCCAGGCCGAGGACUGGUACUUUGGCAAACUGGGCCGCAAGGAUGCCGAGAGGCAGCUCCUGUCCAACGGCAACGUGCGCGGAACCUACCUCAUCCGGGAGAGCGAGACCACCAAAGGUGCCUUCUCCCUGUCCAUCCGGGACUGGGACGAGAUCAAAGGGGAGCACGUGAAGCACUAUAAGAUCCGCAAGCUGGACAGCGGCGGUUACUACAUCACCACCAGGGCGCAGUUUGAGACCCUCCAGCAGCUGGUGCACCACUAUUCUGAGCGCGCCGCGGGCCUGUGCUGCCGCCUGGUGGUGCCCUGCCACAAGGGCAUGCCACGCCUGGCCGACCUGUCCGUCAAAACCAAAGACGUGUGGGAGAUCCCGCGGGAGUCGCUGCAGCUCAUCAAGAGGCUGGGCAAUGGGCAGUUUGGGGAGGUCUGGAUGGAGAGCGCGGAUGGUUUGUGCUAUCAGUUAACAAGCGUGUGUGUGAACCUAUCCCCCGAAACUGUGGGCCUGUCCCACGAUGCAUGGGAAGUCUCCCGCGACUCCUUAGCCCUGGAGCUUAAGCUUGGGGCUGGAUGUUUCGCUGAGGUCUGGUUUGGGACGUGGAACGGCACCACUAAGGUGGCCGUAAAGACACUGAAACCGGGCACCAUGUCGCCGGAGUCCUUCCUGGAAGAGGCGCAGAUCAUGAAGAAGCUCCGUCACGACAAGCUGGUGCAGCUGUACGCCGUGGUGUCCGAGGAGCCGAUUUACAUCAUCACCGAGUACAUGGGCAAAGGAAGCCUGCUGGAGUUCCUGAAGGACGGGGAAGGCCGCGCUCUCAAGCUGCCAAACCUGGUGGACAUGGCAGCCCAAGUGGCGGGGGGCAUGGCCUACAUCGAGAGGAUGAACUACAUCCACAGAGACCUGCGGUCGGCCAACAUCCUCGUGGGCGAUAGCUUGGUCUGCAAGAUCGCCGACUUCGGGCUGGCCAGGCUCAUCGAGGACAACGAGUACACGGCACGGCAAGGAGCCAAAUUCCCCAUCAAGUGGACGGCCCCCGAGGCAGCGCUGUACGGGAGGUUCACCAUCAAGUCUGACGUCUGGUCCUUCGGGAUCCUGCUUACUGAGCUCGUGACCAAGGGCCGAGUCCCCUACCCAGGAAUGAACAACCGGGAGGUGUUGGAGCAGGUGGAGCGCGGCUACAGGAUGGCCUGUCCGCAGGACUGCCCCAUCUCCCUGCACGAGCUCAUGUUGCAGUGCUGGAAGAAGGACCCCGAGGAGCGGCCCACCUUCGAGUACCUGCAGGCCUUCCUGGAGGACUAUUUCACCGCCACUGAGCCUCAAUAUCAGCCCGGAGACAACCUGUAGGGGGUGCUCUCCCGGGCCGCGAUGGACCGCACAGCCCCGGCCUGGGCUGAGGUGGGGGAGAGGUGGACCUGCCAAGGCGUGGGACACUUUCAGGAGUUCCAUCGACUAUUUCCGAGCUCCUUUGCCCCCGGAUGGGUACAGGCCAAUGCGAGAAAGGGACUCAACAAAUUCAGUUUCACGGUGUCUGAGAAGCUGAUUUUCACAGGGGGGGGGGGGGCUUGGUUUCUAGGGUGGCUGGCAUGUGAUUUGAUGGGCAAUUGCCUGUGCGUAGUGUAAAUACAAAGCUACUUGACCACUUAUACUUUUGUUUUUCGUUUGUUUUUCUUAAUUUUUUAUAUAUAUGUGUAUAUAUAUUGCUACAGGCUUUAUUUUCAUCUGGGACAAUAAAUAACAGGAAUAAUGAAGGUAACGACUCUUUUUAAACCAAUUAACCUGCUGAGGUUUUCAGACCUGGGCAUUAAUUCAAACCCGCUUUCUCGUUCAUAGGACUGGCUCUUAUUUUCGGUUUCACUUUUUCUUGGGUAGCAUAAUGCCCACAAUAUGUGAAGAGAGAGAAAACGCCCUUCUCUCCAAAGCAAGAAAGUGGCCCCGCGUUACAUGCUCAUUCGCUGCGUCCUCUGAUAAGCAGGAGAUUCAGCCAAGUGUGACAAAGUUCUCCCUCAUUUUCCAGCUUUUGUUAGAAGUAGCUUUUGUUGUUGACCUGUCAUUGUAAAAAGGCCGUUUCUUCCAAGGUGAUAGACGUUAGACUGGUGAGAGUGUGUCAGGGUUAUUUGUAAUUGCAGCUUGAAAUGCAGGAAGUCUGCAUGUGAGCGGCUCUCUGCCACUCAGACGGGCUGUGUAUGCAUCUAGACGUCAGCUCUGGGUGCCGUUAAAACUGGAAUUAUGGAAGAGGUGUGUAUAUGGGAUUGACUUGCAGUUUAUUUAAGCAGGAAAAAAUAUUUUUUUAACUUGUGUACAGCGUUCGAUUCACGGCCGUUCCAGUGGAUCCUGUGUCUUCAUUUGUGUUACAUGAAGAAUCGCUUUGUAACAGCCCGCAGAAUCUGCCGUUGCUCCAUACGUACCACUCACUCUAGUCCUGCAGCACGCCACCCACGCCUCUCCUGACCGCUUUGUCAGGCCUCUUUAAUUGUUUUGUAAAUCAAUAAUGCAUUCUUAGUGUGUGUGUAAUCACAGAUGUGUGUGUGCGAACUGUUCUGGAUCGACUGAUCAGUGAGCAUAUGGUUGGUUCCAAAGGUUAGAGUUUAGACUUGAGCUUAAGUUGGACACAGUAGUAGAUCAGGGAACAUUGCAGUCUGUCAAACAGCUUCAUCUUUUUUUAUUAUUAUUUCACAUUUUGUUUUUAAUAUAACUGUCCAUGGCUUUUAUUUCUCAUUAUUCCUCCAUGUUCAAUUUCUAACAUUAUUUUUUGUGAAAUAAGUAAUUUGCCAUUUAAAAAUGAGGAUAAUAAACAUUUUACACUCUUUUCAA